AUGCCAGCAUCAGUGGCCAAAGAUAUUGAGAAGAUAAUGAGAAAUUUCUUAUGGGGAUCUUCGACGACAACUCUUAUAUUGAAGAAUGGUGCUUCUAUCCAGUUUUGGUCUGAUAAGUGGGAUCGUAAUUUUGUCUUAAAAGAUAGAUUCAGUUCUAUUUAUAAACUUUCCAAGCAAAAGAAAGUUUAUGUUAAGGACAUGAUUUCAACUAAUGGGGUUUGGAAUUUCAGUUUCAAGAGAAAUUUAAAUGAGCAGAAAGCUGGAGAGAUUGCUAAUCUGCUGCAUUUACUUGAAGACUUUACCAUAGCAGUUCACACUAAUGAGGAGGAAGAUGACCGGAAAUGGAACUUUGCUACUGAGUUCUCAGUGGACAGUUGUUACACCUCAUUAGAGAUUGAUGGGUUUUUGGUUUUCCCUCAUAAGCAAAUUUGGAACCCAAAAAUCCCACUGAAAGUUUCUUUCCUAGUUUGGUGUUUAUGUCACAACGGAGCACCAACUUUGGAGUUUUUGCAUCAAGCUGGAAAGGUAAAUUCGCCAACUUGUCAUUUGUGUAAUGAAGAGACUGAAAACCAAGAAACUAUAAAAUCCAAAUUAUGGGAAUGGUCGGUUAAGAAGAACAGGAAUAUGAUAAAGAGGAUUUGGGGAAUUUUACCUUUCGCAAUCUGGUGGACAAUUUGGAGAGAGCGUAAUAACAGGGUGUUUAACAAUAAAAAGAGAAGUAUUGAGCAGUUGAUUAUAUCAGUCAAGUAUACGCUUUUAUAA